GAUCGAUUGGUGGUAACAAAUAGCCACUGGGUGGUAGUUGUUCCAUACUGGGCAGUGUGGCCAUAUGAGACUAUGAUUCUUCCUCGGCGUCAUGUUACCCGCAUGACAGAACUGUCUAAUGAAGAGAAAGAUGGUCUGGCAGACAUUGUCAAGAAGCUGACGACAAAGUACGAUAAUCUCUUCAAGUGCUCCUUCCCGUACUCUAUGGGGUGGCAUGGGGCACCAACUGGUCCACGGCUGGAGAAUGAGGAGAAGCACUGGGUGUUUCAUGGCUGUUAUUACCCACCUCUGUUACGCUCAGCCACUGUUAAGAAGUUUAUGGUGGGCUAUGAGAUGCUGGCUCAGGCUCAACGUGACUUGACAGCAGAACAGGCUGCACAGAAAUUGCGAGACCUCUCUGAAAUUCAUUAUAAAAUCACAUAAUAAAAAAUUUUCAUGUUGUGCUGUACA